CUCUCCUCUCCUUCAGUCCCACGCCCCUCCCCUGCUUCUCCUCCUCCUCCGCCGCCGCCACGGAUGAAAUGGGCGCUGGUGGGCAGGCUGCGAAGUCGCGGUGGGCGGUGCUGCCACCGUGGCCGUCGGGCUGCGGCGGCCAGCAGAGGACCGCCGCCGGCUGGAGCUCCUUCCUCCUCCACCGCGAAGCAACCUCUUUCCCCCACGAAGGAAUGCCACCGCGUCCGACCUCAACAGCCGACCGAAACCCUAGCGAGCCCCACCCAUGACGCCCUACCCUAGGUGGGUGGUACAGCGGCCAGAGGAGAGCAGAGGAGAGAAGAGGUGAGGAGGUGGAGCAGCCAGCGCCUGGACGUGAGAGAAAGAACAUUGAGGCGCGGAAAGGUCUAUUCCCAAAUUUCUGUACCAGAGCACAUUCUAAGACCUUCUUAUGUGGGUGCAAACAUACUGCAAGAACUACCUGUCGUGCGCCAAAUACACAAUGCGGAAGGUACCGCUGGGAUGAGAGCUGCUUGCAAACUUGCUUCCCCUGUACUGAACUUUGCAGGAACAUUGGUUAAGCCAUCAAUUACUACAAAUGAAAUCGACAGGGCAGUGCAUCAUAUGAUAGUUGAGGCGGGUGCUUAUCCUUCUCCACUUGGCUAUGGCGGAUUUCCUAAAAGUAUCUGCACAUCAGUAAAUGAGUGUGCCUGCCACGGACUACCUGAUUCAACACAGCUGCAGAAUGGAGACAUCAUAAAUAUUGAUGUAAAUGUGUUCCUAAAUGCUGAUAGGUUUAUUGAUAUGCCUCAUAUGCAAGCUCCUAACCCACUGUAGAAGUUGUUUGUUGUGGAGAUGACUGGGUUCCAUGGCUAACAUAACACAUUUUACCUGUUAUGUACUUCAUCUGGCUGGAUAGCAAAUUGCAUUUUAAUGCUGAUUCAAUGCUUAUCAUUAAGUAUUUCUUAUGGAGAAAGAAAGCAGAGUAUGCCAUUUCAGCGCACUACGAUCACACCUGUGUCUGGGAGGAAGUUCUUUAGAACAAGUGCUUAAACAAGUACAAUCACACUGCUAUCGACGGGCAAUUU